AUGUGUAGGAGGGACUCUGCAGUCAUAUGCCAGAUGGUCACAAGAACAAAGAAAAUAUUCGUUGGAGGAUUAUCAGCGAACACAGUAGUUGAAGAUGUGAAGCAGUAUUUUGAACAGUUUGGCAAGGUGGAGGACGCCAUGCUUAUGUUUGACAAAACGACUAACAGACACAGAGGUUUCGGCUUUGUAACUUUUGAGGUUGAGGACAUUGUGGAGAAAGUAUGCGAGAUCCACUUUCAUGAAAUCAAUAAUAAAAUGGUAGAAUGCAAGAAGGCUCAGCCCAAGGAGGUGAUGUUCCCACCGGGUACGCGAGGCAGGGCCAGGGGCCUGCCCUACACCAUGGACGCCUUCAUGCUGGGGAUGGGCAUGCUGAGUUACCCAAACAUUGUAGCAACGUAUGGCCGUGGAUACACUGGUUUUGCCCCGAGCUACAGCUACCAAUUCCCUGGCUUCCCAGCGACGGCGUAUGGACCGGUGGCAGCAGCGGCAGUGGCGGCAGUGCGUGGCUCAGGUAGGGGGGCCCGUGGAAGAGGUGGCUACAUGGCAUACCAGCAGAACGCAGGGGCAGGGUUCCCAGAUUAUGGGUUCUAUUCCGGGGCCGGGCCCAGUGACCUGCGGGGGCCGCCCUGCUCCUUUGCCGACUUUGGCUCCCUGGGGCCCCAUGCUGCUCAGAUGCUGCAGCACAGUGAGCAUCAUGCCACCUCCGCCUGCAACUCCCCCCUCCAGCACCACCUGCAGCACAGCCCGGACCCCUUUAAGAGCCCAGCAGAGUAUUUCAGGAGGCCCGGGGAAGACCGGGCGGAGUUUUUAACUGGCUAUGUGAAUAGGUGAUGCCAUCCAACGCCAAGCACUACAGCAUCAACCCACAGGAGGAGAGUGGAGGUGGCACCACGUGAAGAAGAACUGAAGAAAAUGUCAAAAUCAUCUCAGAAAAAUAAACUACAAUCUGCUGUACUAUAAUCCAAACCUGGCGUUCACAUCCUUAAUAUCCAACUGUAACCUAGUACCUUUGUGUAGGAUUUAGGUCUUUUUUUGUCCUUUAAAUGUUCCUUAUUUUAAAUCUGUUUAGUUUAUGUUCAUUAUUUUCUUUGUAGUCUUCAAAUUAAUAAGGGAAGAUUAAUUCUAAUUUUAAUUUACUCCAAUAUUUUUGAUCCUCUCUGAAAUUAGUAACUAUUUAUGUAAACUGGCUUAUUUCAUUUUUUUGUUUUUGAUUGCUAUGUUUGUUUGCUUUUAUGAAAAAAUGCAGGUGUCAGUUUGCACAUACAAGAAAACUGACAUGAACUGAUGAGGCCUGAAGAAAGGCGGUGUUAAUUCAAUUUAAAAAGAGUAACUAAUAAAUCUUAGUAGCUUUUUUUUGUUUAUUUUAAUGUUGUUAAUUACCUAUUUUGGGCAAUAAGAGGACUACAAUAUUUUCACAGUCCUUUUUUACAAAUGUUUUUGUUGUCAGGAAAAAAUAACCUUUCCUUUUAAUACUUUGUGAAUUCAGAUUUUAAGAAAAAUAUAACUGUAAAUAUUAUUCAAGUCACUGCAUAUAAUCGUUUCAGAGAGAACCAUAUUUUUGUGAUGGUUCAUCAUAAAAGGCUGUAAUGUGCAAGAGCGCAACUGUCAAAGACGAGGACAUUUAAUGCUCUUAAAUCGUAUUAUAAUCCAUUUGUAGCACAAAAUGCCAUGAUAACCCCACUCGAUCCUACAAGAACACUGUUGGCUUGCUCUGUAAAUACUGUUGUCUUUCUGACUGUGCUAAUGUCAUACCAGCAUACUGUUGUGUCUUCUACAUAGUGAGCUCAAAAGUGCACAGCUUCUAAAAGAUGACACAAGGUUAACACUGGACAUUGCUACACAAUGUCUCUCAAAGAGGACACCGGCUCAACUUCUUCUAGACUCUCGCAAGUGAAAGGCUACUGUAUCUGUGACUGAAGUCAAUACUAUAUAAAAAAAGAACAUGAUACAAAUCCAAAGCACACUUUUACUUUGUAUUAGUUUGAAAAUACCAGAUGUUGAAUACUAGUGUCCAGAUACAUUUCAUACCAAUCUGCAAGUGUUGUUUCAUUUUGUUAUGAUUAUCUUCAGUUUUUGUGUUUCUUAUUAAUGCUGUUUAUUCAUUUUGAACAGAGCGCCUGCUUUCAAUGUGACAGGCAAUAUUUCAAGUCAGAUAUAUUUUACAUACAUUUAUUGGGAUGUUUUCUUGAACUGAUUAGGAAGGCAAAACAUCGAUCAUUACCUCAGUCCUGUGAGUUUUAUCUUAGACGAGAUGACAAAUUCAUUUAUUUUAAAUUUAAACCGAUUGAAAUUAUGAAUGGAUUAUGAGAAAAGUUGUUGCACUGUGACAAAGAAGGAAAGUGACCAUAUUCUAUUUGCACAUUUCAAGUGUUGGAUAUUUAAAAUGGUCUUGAUCAGAUGAUAUACGAAGGAAUGUUUUUUAAGAAUAACUUUUUAUUCCCAUUAGAGAUUAGGCAUCUUGACUGUUGCAAUUGGAAAAAGUUGUUUUGCCCAAAGGGCAUUUAUUUAACAAAAAAUAAAUAUGUAUAAUCCAUAGAUUGGAGCAUUUCGGCCUAGCCAAGUAACUGUAGUCACCAUGUUCAUUUCCUGUAGGGACUGGUUUGUUGAGAUUGAGAAAUGUUCAUUUCCUGUAGGGACUGAUUUGUUGAGAUUGAGAAAUGUUCAUUUCCUGUAGGGACUGGUUUGUUGAGAUUGAGAAAUGUUCAUUUCUUGUAGGGACUGAUUUGUUGAGAUUGAGAAAUGUUCAUUUCCUGUAGGGACUGGUUUGUUGAGAUUGAGAAAUGUUCAUUUCCUGUAGGGACUGAUUUGUUGAGAUUGAGAAAUGUUCAUUUCCUGCAGGGACUGGUUUGUUGAGAUUGAGAAAUGUUCAUUUCCUGUAGGGACUGAUUUGUUGAGAUUGAGAAAUGUUCAUUUCCUGUAGGGACUGGUUUGUUGAGAUUGAGAAAUGUUCAUUUCCUGUAGGGACUGGUUUGUUGAGAUUGAGAAAUGUUCAUUUCCUGUAGGGACUGGUUUGUUGAGAUUGAGAAAUGUUCAUUUCCUGUAGGGACUGAUUUGUUGAGAUUGAGAAAUGUUCAUUUCCUGUAGGGACUGGUUUGUUGAGAUUGAGAAAUGUUCAUUUCCUGUAGGGACUGGUUUGUUGAGAUUGAGAAAUGUUCAUUUCCUGUAGGGACUGGUUUGUUGAGAUUGAGAAAUGUUCAUUUCCUGUAGGGACUGGUUUGUUGAGAUUGAGAAAUGUUCAUUUCCUGUAGGGACUGGUUUGUUGAGAUUGAGAAAUGUUCAUUUCCUGUAGGGACUGGUUUGUUGAGAUUGAGAAAUGUUCAUUUCCUGUUGAGAUUGAGAAAUGUUCAUUUCCUGUAGGGACUGGUUGUUGAGAUUGAGAAAUGUUCAUUUCCUGUAGGGACUGGUAUGUUGAGAUUGAGAAAUGGUUCCUCUGAAGCAGAAUGCUGGAUUAUUUUAAAAUAUAAUGGGGACUUGUUUAAGUAAUAAUCAAAUUAAAAUAAACAUGUAUGUUACGAAUUCAAAAAAAGAGAAAAAAGUAUGUUCCCUUGAAUGAUUUAAAUUUUUAAUCAGAAGGAUUUGUAUCAAUAUUUUUGUGGUUGUUAAUGAUUAUAUUAAUAAUAAUUAUUAUACUAACAAUAUUAGAAUGUACUGUACAUCCAUCCGAUUCUUUCUCCAUUCCCUGUCACCUUAUACAGUAAUCUUAUGUUGAUCAUCAAUGUAUUUCAGUAAUGUGUGAAAAAAAGAAAACUGCAAUGACCUUGUAACAGAGUGCCGUCUUUGAUGCCAGUGUAGUGGCUAUACACUUAUUUGUUGAUCUCUCUAUCUUCCUCUUUGUCUCCCACUCCUUCUCUGACUCCCUCUCCCUCUCCUAGUAUUAGUGGUAGUUGUUAUGUAGUUAAGAUGUAGAUGUAGCUAUUAGGAGAUGUAGGACCAGUAAGGAUAGAGCUUUCUCUUCUUAAUUACCAUAGUUAUAUUUUUUUUAAAGCUGACAUUCGUUUCAAUACCAUUUGUCUAUUUUCAGUUGUACAGAUCUCACAUGGUUUCAACUAACCAAAGCAAUCAUUGAGGACAUUUAAAUCAGACAUUUCUGUAAGACUGAAUCGUAAACAAGGCAUUGAUCCCCACACUUGAAUGUUUAAAAAGGGGUGUGCCAUACUACCUUAAAAGCUAAUGCUAGAUAUACAAACCAGUGUUGUUAUUAUUUCACAAGAGGGACACAAGCUAUGAUUAUGAAUAUAAUGGAUUUUAUUACAUUAAUGGAGAAAUCAUAUAUUUUUUAGAAAGUUCUAACGGACUAAUGAUAAUAAUGGUAACAAAAAAAACAAAACAAAAAAAACUAAAAAAAAAACUAAAAAACUAUUAUAGAUAUAAUUAUUUUAAACUCGUUUUGAUGUUUGUACUAUUAAACAAUAUCCCAGUGGCCUCUGGCACUACGAUUUUUGGAUACAGUUGUAUUUUAUUUUAGGUGUCUACUUAAUUAAUUAUUAAUAUUUAUUAAUUCAUAUUAUAUUUUGAGUUCAUUAUCAACAUUUGAGAAUUUAGUGAAUUAUUUUUGUACUCUUGAACCAUUGGAACCAGCUUUUUACUUUAAUCAAAGCCAGGGUAUUAUGAAACAUUUACAUUGUAGAUUCAUUCAAGUGCUUAGUCUUUAUUUAAAGUCUUCACAUUCAAAGAUGGUAGCCUGCUUGUUAGUAUAGACAUUUGCACUGUGAAAUAACUUAAUAUUUAAGACCCUCCUGCUAAAGGAAAACAAGACAGUGCAAAGCUAUUGAUGAGUUGUUAUAUGAAGGGCUUAUUGAAAUGAUACCUAUAGGACAUGUUUAAUUUUAAGCAAAUCAUAGAACCACAGAGUUGAGGUAGGAUAGGAUGUAUGCAUCAUUCUCAUGAAGACUGAGCCAAAAUGUGGCACAUGUCGGAACCUGUUGGUAAAGGGGACAUUAUGGCAGCAGUAUGUACCCACUGAGAGCAAGUGAUGUUUGUACUAUGUAAGGCUCUGUUAUACAUUGAAAGAUGCCAUUUCUGUUUUAAAUGUCCCUCUACCAAUAUCACUAUACCUGAUUUACUAUUUGAUUAGAGUAAAAGUUGGCUGGCUAUCCAUUCAAAAUAUUUCAUAGCAUCUCUAUUAGUUGAUUUUAAAAUAUAUAUAUAAAAAAAAAAAAAGUGAUUUCAUAGCUUGGAUUUUAAGGUAGCAUGGCUCUGUACUUUUAUUUCACAUGGACAGCAGUUUACAGCUGAUGAAUGUUACACAUCUUGCUAGACUACUUAAUCAUUGGAUAAUUGUUGGUAAAAAAAAUUUAAAGAGAAAAAAAUAAAAAGACCUGGAAGGUGUUGGAUGAUAUAUUGGGAACGUACUGCCGUAACCAUUUAAACUUGAAUCUUGAGGCAAGUGCUAGGCAAUGGCCAAACAAUUAUCCCAUCACUGAAUUAACAGACACAAUGCACACAUACCUACUGUAAUAACAGGUAUAUAAUGUAUAUACAUGUUAGUUAAAGAUAUAUUAUUGCGCAUGUCUAUUUGUUGAGGCUGAACCCUCAUUUCAGAUGAAAUUAACUCCUUGCUGUCUGAAAUGUUUACGUAGGCAGCACUGUUUGUAUUAUGUUUGUGUCACGCUUAACAUUAUGUUUACCAAUGAUGCAACAUGGCUGGACUGGAAAACAUGAAAUGAAGAAGCUGUAACGAUACUUUAGGGUAAAGCAUACAAUACAAUUAUUUAAAAUGGGAAAUUGUCGGUUAGUGAGUACCAUGGCAUGGGCCACUGCUAAAGCAGAGAGAGAGUGUGUGUGUGUGUGUGGGUGGGUGUGUGUGUGUGUGGGUGGGUACAGGGGGUUUAGGGAAGCGGUACAGUCAUUAGAAGUCCUGUGCGUCUUUGUGAACAUUUGACCUUACCUUAGCAGAGUCUUUUCUUCUCUCAUGCUCCCUCUUGGGUUCGACCUCUGAUUGCCUUGCCCAUUCCUAACACUUGCCCAUGUUUUAAUGUUAACAGACUUUUUACCACGAGAGCUGACUGAUAGGACUGAAUUCUGAAAGCAUCUUUCAGGUCUUCUUGUAUGGCUUGCUCAAGCCCUGUUGUAAAAUAAACUGAAGUGGAUGGGGGUCUCUCACAUCUCAGAUGUGGAAAGUAAUUUUAUAUUUGUAUUUUCAAAUAAUAAUAAAAAUGUUUGUGAAAGGUUUCCAUCCUCUACUGUCGUCCAGAAAUCGAUGUGUUUGUCUGGAAAAAAAAUAAAAUAAACUGUUUUGAACCAUU